GGAGGAGGAGGGGGAGAAUGCCUGGAGCUGCCACCGCCGCCGCGAUGCUCCCGGCUCAGGAGGCUGCCAAGCUAUACCAUACCAACUAUGUGCGGAACUCGCGGGCUAUCGGCGUGCUGUGGGCCAUCUUCACCAUCUGCUUUGCCAUCGUAAAUGUGGUGUGCUUCAUCCAGCCCUACUGGAUCGGCGACGGCGUGGACACCCCGCAAGCCGGCUAUUUCGGGCUCUUCCACUACUGCAUCGGCAACGGCUUCUCCCGGGAGCUGACCUGCAGGGGCAGCUUCACAGACUUCUCCACACUGCCCUCAGGCGCCUUCAAAGCCGCCUCCUUCUUCAUCGGCCUCUCCAUGAUGCUCAUCAUCGCCUGCAUCGUUUGCUUUACCCUCUUCUUCUUCUGCAAUACAGCCACCGUGUACAAGAUCUGUGCUUGGAUGCAGCUCACCUCCGCUGCCUGUCUUGUGCUUGGCUGUAUGAUUUUCCCUGAUGGCUGGGAUUCAGAUGAAGUAAAACGGAUGUGUGGAGAAAAGACAGACAAGUACACUCUUGGGGCCUGCUCUGUCCGCUGGGCAUAUAUCCUGGCUAUCAUUGGAAUAUUGGAUGCCCUGAUCCUCUCAUUUCUCGCAUUCGUGCUUGGGAACCGACAAGACAGCUUGAUGGCGGAGGAACUGAAGGCAGAAAACAAAGAUGAUGGAAAUGCUUAAGGCAGACUAAGGUAGAGUGAGACCUAACCAUUUCUGCUAAGCCAAUAUUCUCUAGAAUGAGCACAAAACAAGUCAAAUAACAGCUAAACAAACAGCUUUGUACAUCAACAUCAAGAAGGAAGACACUUGGAAGAGAUCAGAGUCCAGAGACGAACAUGCACAAAAGUGAAACAUCCACUCGUCAAAGCACCUUCUGAUUCUAGAUCUGCAGAGCUGCGAGUGAUUUUCUGGCAGGAGUUAUAAUCACGGAUUAAACACCAGCUCAUUGGAAACUGUCAUUAAAUUAGAUCACAUAGCAUUCAUGAAAAUCAUAUUCAUGAAAUAGUUUAAGAAAAAAGAAUACAAACGUGAUAGAAUUAAUGUGUAAAAUAUAUGUGUACUGAGGUUUAUAAACUGUCCUUUUUAAAUCAAGCUGAAAACAAAAAAGCUUUAAUAUUUCAAUACUAUUAAAAGAAACAAAGGGGCAGUUAGUUCUAGAUUAUUCCUGUCUCAGUAGCCAAGAGGCUGAUCAAGUGUCAUUUAUUGAGGAAUGCCUCUGAUCUUUGGUUCCUCAUCGCUACUGUCCACUCAUUUCACUGUGCAAUUAGUUACACCACUUGGUUAUUAAGAGUAUAGCCCUUCAACCUUCUUACCAAGUGUGUGUUCAAUUUAAUCUGUCUACACGAGUUAUCACCAAGGAAAUGUUUCUGCCAUGUGCUACCACUCCAUCAAAACUGUGAAUCAUAGGAAGUACACCAUUACAUCAUAGGUUCCCAAGCAACAUAGAUUUCCCUGUCAUUGAUGAAACAUCAUCAAGCAACUCUGAACAAUAUAGAAAGUUUAUUUUCACUUGGAUGCUCUCUCAUGUAACAUAUAGGCUGCUAUCAAACACUUUUUCUAAUUCCCCCUAAUAUAUGCAUAGGAAUUUAAUAUACUUUAUAAAUAGAUAUCUAAAAUAUGAGUUUUCUAUUUCUUCAUUCCAUAUGUCAUUAGAAAUCCAUAUCCUUUAUUUCCUUUACUGACAUAUAAUCAUUUUUGUUUUGAUAAAAGAGAUUAUUCCAUUAAAUCUACUUCUAAAUGGUAGUAAGUGGUACUAACAAAAUAAAUAAAAACUUUAUAGCCUUAGAAGUAAAUAACUAUAUACUUAUAUAUGUCAAAGGAACUUGAUAGGAAUAAGUUACCUUUUGUUUAUUAAUGUUGAUUUUGAAAAUUCUCAUAUCUUGUUUUUUUCUUUUGGUUAGCCAAUACUUGGUAGUAGUUACAACUAACCAGCUGUCUUCAAAGGAUCUUUUCCUCCCAGGAGCCCCUAACCAUUGCCCUCAUAACAUCUCUUGCCUAAAUCCAACAACAGAGAAACAUUUAAUAUUUAAGUAGUCCAUUGUCUAAGGACAAUGUACAUGUGGGGGCUCAGUGGAAGCCAGCCCAUACUAUACACCUGAACAGAAAACACACACAAAUAGAAUGUCUUCACUCACAGGCUCAGAGUAGGGUUGAAUUAGCUCCCUGUCACUAGAUCAUCAGCUGGAGCCUAACAAAAAAUCAGGGUUGCCUUCUCCUGUGCUUGCACAAGGCCACAUUCAUAUUUUUAGCCAUGUUUUCACCGUGAACCAAAUGUUUCAAAUGGCUAAAAGUAUAUUACAGGUACACUCAAGUGCUCAAGUAAGUAAACCCAGUUCACAGAGGUGUGGCUUUCAUAAAGAGCUAUAUUAAGGGAACACUUAGUCUCUAUAACUAUAGUAUAACUAUAGUAUAACUGUAGUACUUCUGGGGGCUGUUUGUUGCUUAAAAAGUAGUAGUUGUCCUGAUGUCCAGAAUACCCUACUUACUAAAUUUAAUUACACACAAUUUUUGUUUUGUUUCAUUUUUCAAGACAGGGUUUCUCUGUGUAGCC